AUGGCUAUGAGACUGCACAAUCCCCCAGCCCCCUCAUUUGUCAUGCAAAGUCAAGAAAAUCCAGCCUCACCCUGUUCCUCGUGGCAUUGCUUGCAUGACACGGUCAGGAAGCUGACACAGCACUAGAAUCGGUCGUGAAUUUGUCAUGCAAAAGCUGCAUCUUCAGCAAAGUCUGUGUUGCUGUGGAUGCCAUCAAAGUCAGGGGGAGAGGGAGUUCUGCACUAUCAUAAUGGCCGAAGGAACCUCCGUUCCAGCACUCGAGGACGAGGCCGUGCUGAAAGAGUACUGAAUUUUCCUAUCUGUGUGGAUUCCACGACUUAUUGAAUUUUUUGCACAACAAGUUGCAUCAAGUCGAAAAAUAAAAGUAAAUUGAAUAUUUCGCUCUUCCGGGAAAAAUCGAAACUGCACCUAUCUCAGAUACCUUACCGCCUGCGAAGCGGAGAAGCAGCAACCAUUGGUCGGCGUCAUAAAUUCCUUCAAAACAUGUUGUGCGGAGAAGGAGAAAGGCAAACUGUGGGUGGAGGCGCGAGGGAGUGUGCCGCAGGCGUUUCACACCAGAAUGACCGAUGACCACUUGCCAGUUCUGACAAAAGUUUUGGCAUCGAGCCUGCAGUUCCUCACGAGAAUAGACCUCUCGUAUUGGGUUUGGUUACUUUGUGAAUUAUGCAAAGUAGCCUGUUGUUUGUACAUAGGUUAAUCUUAAUGUCCAUUACUCAUUGCCAAUGUAGUAAGUAGGGGAAGGUGAACUUCGAUCGCCAUUGAGAAUUUACCGACGUUGAUAAAAAGUGAGGUUGCCACCGUCGGCACGGCUAAAACACUCACACGACCGUCCCAGGUACAACAACCUAACGGACGCUGGCUGCGCCACAAUAGCAAGCGGAAUAAUAAAGGACGGCGCCAGCUUGAAAAGCUUGAUGGUAAUUUUAACAUUAACUUGAAGAAUGAACUAUCGCAGGCUGCAUAGUAUUCGUUCUUUAAAGUAGAAUGCAAGAACGUCAGAUGACACCAGGACAAAGAUUUAGGUAUGAAAAAAGCAAGUUUCGCGCCAAUGAUGCAAGAAAAUGAAAAACAAAACUCAGCUCCGCGGCAACUCCAUUUCCUCCGCCGGCGUUGAGUCCAUGCUUUUGAACACCCACGUCCAGUCUCUGGCCCGGCUAGACAUUUCCGAAAACCCGCUCGGGAAGCUCGGUGGGCUGGCGCUUGCCGCAUUUCUGCAGAGGAAUUCAACGCUGUUGGAGCUCUACGCAAGCGACACAGAAUUGGACAUCGACGCGCUGAUCGCGAUUAGUGCGGUAUAUUAGUGAAUUUCAAUCUAUUGAGGCCACUAGAUAACGAGUGUGCAAGCAUCAACAUCAAGUCGCUUCGUUCAUUCCACGCUUGCCGCGAAGAUGGGAAGGAGCAAGUCCGGUUGACCAAUAACUCAAAUUCACUUUUGCAUCACUAUUUCCAGGUGCUCCACGUAAACAAUGACACUCUGCGUGUGCUUGACGUGCAAAACCCACGCCUCUUCAGUCUGCAGGGCGAGCACGCAACGCAUUUCGGAAAGAUGCUUGCGGUAAACCCCUCCUUGACGGAAAUAUAUUUCGGCAAAUUCCGCUUCCGCGACAGCAGUCUCGAACUGUUUUUGGACGACGUCGCCGUUGACCAACAACGGCUGCAAGUGCUAGACCUAAGGUGUAACGAAAUCGGCGCAAAAGGAGCAGAGUGCGUUAGCGAACUGGUAUAGAGAUUUUUUUGCCCACCUACGUGACAGGCGGUAGCCUUCGCCCUCCAAAGAAUAAUUCGACGUAAGACAACACCGUGCAUGGCUUCGACGAUCGGCAGUGAGGGACGAUGAAAAAGUGUUUGUUCUUUCGCCAUGCUAGAAGAUGACAUCAAUCACCUUCCAGGUAAAGUGGGGCCAGCUGCGCAAGCUGAACUUGGACCACAACCGAAUCGGUGAACGCGAAAACACCACCGGCGCAAAAGCACUCUCCGAGGCGUUGGUAGAAACCCGGACGCUGCGGCACCUGUCCAUCAACAAGAACUCGCUGUGCGACCGCGCGAUCGAAUACCUGCUGCACCCGGCGUGCGCGGGGCAGAUCGAGAGGGACUUUACGCUGGAAGUUUUCAAAAACGACUGGGUGUCCCCCGCCCCGAGUGGCUCCGGCGCGGCCCAGCACCUGUUUGACAUAGCGGAGCAGAAGAACCGGCUGUACGGAUUCAAGUGCGACGCCGGGAUCCAGCAGGUUGACGGGCAGCUCUUCGUGUGCGAACAGGACAUCGGGGAUGUGCUUUCGUCGGUGGCAUAG